AUGUCUAAAAGUACGGACUCGUUAAAGGGCCUUCAUGAUGUAACGUUUCAGGAAGUGGAAAAAAGUCGACAUAAACGUAUAGAUCCUAAAGGGAGCUGGCUAACAUUUGUAAAUCGUUUAGGAGAUAGCAAGCCAGACAGACGGAAACGAAAAAAGAAAAGAAAGAGGAAAAGUAAUAAUAUAUUGUUAGGACCCCCGGGCCCGGCAGGACCUCCCGGACCUCCAGGUCCAGCAGGCAGAAGUGUUUCAAAAGAAGAAAUCAUUGCCGGUCUAGAGCAUCUGAUAAAAGAAGAAGCCACUAGAAGAGCACAACAGAUGUUAGCUGACAUGGUGAGUGAAAAUUUGACUCCGUUUAAUGGAAGCUCAACAAUUGUCAAACAACCUGGUUUAACACCACCAAUAUUAGUUAUUCCAAGAAUUUAUGCUGGAUUUUCACUUCGUCUUGGUUCCAAAACAAAAGUAGACAGGAAAUCAUUUAGGGAAAUCAAAUCAUUUCAGCAGCCUUUUGGCGGAGGAGGGUUCCAACGAGGGGAGGCAUUUAACGCGAAGGAAGGGCGUUUCUUUCCUCCAAUGGACGGUAUAUACCAGUUCACAGUAAACUUACAACUAAGAAUACGCACAAAAAGAAAGUUGACAGAUCGUCUAAAGACAGAUGAAAAUAUAAGAAUUAUAAUCUGCAUUGACUCAUUAUGUCAGACAAACACGUCCAUUGAAACUAUCACGGGUGUAAAUAUUGACAAUAAAAUGCUGACAUCGAGUGUCACAGGACUUUUACUGUUAAAGGAGAAACAAUACGUGUCACUUUAUGUAGACAAUUCAUGCUCUUACACAGUGCUUGCGCUGGCUGGCUCCGAGUUCUCGGGUAUUUUGCUUGGUACAUAGAAAUGUGUGUGUUAGUUACAGGAACCAGUACAAGUGAAAUAUUCAUGACGGAAUAGGUGGUUGGGUUUAUCAAAUAACAUUUACACCAGAACAAACUAAAAUAAAGGUUUUAACUGAA